GGAAGCGCCUCCGCUUCCGCCAUGGCGCCCGCUUCCCGCUCCCGCUCCCCGCCCGCCGCCAGCUCUGAGCGCCGCAGCCGCCGCUCGCGCUCCCGGUCCCGCGAGCGCAAUGGCCCGAGGCGCCUGAGCCACCGGCGGAGCCGCAGCCGGUCCCGCAGCCCCGGCGCGCCGCGCUCCUCCGCGCACCACGGGCACCACCACCACGGCAAAUGGCCCGAGUACUACGAGAAGGAGAAGGAGGAGAUCCUGCGGCAGAGGAGACUCAAUGAAAGAGAGAGAAUUGGAGAGCUGGGGGCACCUGAAGUCUGGGGGCUGUCACCAAAAGUUCCUGACCCAGAUUCCGAUGAGCACACACCGGUAGAAGAUGAAGAGGCAAAAUCUAAGAGUAGUUCUUCAGAUUCCAGCUCAGAAGAGGAAAAGAAGAAAAAGAAGAAGAAAAGACAAAAGAAAAAACGUAAAGCAUCCAAAAGAAAGCGCAGGAAACAUUCUGAGGACAGUGACAGUGACUCAGAGUCUGAGCAGAACUCCAGUGAUGAAGAUAAAAAGAAAAGCAAGAAGAGGAAAAAGAAGAACAAAAAGAAGAAGUAUAAGAAAAAGAAAGCUAAGAAGAGCAGGAAGGAAUCCAGUGAUUCAAGCAGUGAAGAUUCCGACGAUGAAAUGCUUCAAGGGGAUGAUCUCUGGAUAGAGAGGUCAAAAAAUACUGAAGCUGAUAGUUUGAUUGGACCAGAGGCUCCCAAAACUCACGCAUCUCAGGAUGACAGGCCUUUGAACUAUGGCCAUGCCCUCCUGCCCGGGGAAGGUGCAGCCAUGGCAGAGUACGUCAAAGCAGGGAAGCGCAUUCCCCGCAGAGGCGAGAUCGGCUUGACCAGUGAAGAGAUCGCUUCGUUUGAGAGCUCUGGUUACGUCAUGAGUGGCAGCAGACACCGGCGCAUGGAAGCUGUGCGGCUGCGGAAAGAGAACCAGAUCUACAGCGCAGAUGAAAAGAGAGCUCUGGCAUCCUUCAACCAGGAGGAGAGGAGGAAACGAGAGAAUAAGAUCCUUGCAAGCUUUCGAGAGAUGGUCUACAGAAAGACUAAAGGCAAAGAGGAAAAAUAAUGCUUCAUUUGAGCUGUACACUAUAGCUUGCACUACGUGGCAGCUAGCGCAGUCCAGUUGUGAUUUGAAGAAAGCUGCAGGUGCUGCAGCACCUUUCACCCAACAGGGCCAAGCCU